CCCCCCGAGGAAGCCAACAAUCGGACGAAGAUCGAAUCAUGAAGCUCAUGCAGGAAGCAGAGGAUGCAAACCGAGACAGUAAGCUUAUAAAAUCACAAGUGGAGAAACGUCGACGUGAGCGAAUGAACCACAGUCUGGAGCGUUUGAGGAGCAUGUUGAUGCAGGAGCUGCAACAGCAGCAGGGUGCAGCUCAGCGUCGUGUGGAGAAGACCGACAUUCUGGAGCACACGGUCGUGUUCCUGCACAACACCAGCAAAGCAGCAAGUGGACCUCAACCACAACAACAUUCCUUCCAAGACGGCUUCCACACCUGCCUGCAAAGGGCCGCCCACUUCCUGGGGCCCGGGGGCAAAGGCCUGUGGCUGGCCCUGGAUGCCUCCUUCAUCCCCUGCUCCUCCUCCUCUUCUUCCUCCUCCUCUUCCUCCUCCUCUUCCUCCUCCUCUUCCUCCAUCCUCCACAUGCUGAGACACAAGUCCAAGCAUAACAGGCGAGCGGUGGCUCAGCCCCCCAGGACCCCCGCGCAGGGGCAAAACUGGCUGGAGACGUGCAUGGAGAACCCCCCGGCAGAGGGUCCCUCGCUAGGCCAGAGCGUGUGGAGGCCUUGGCCCUGA